AUAACGCGAAGCGCCCUGCACGCAUAGACGACGUGCUGGCUGGUCGCUGCCCUCUCAACUCCCAAGCCCUCGCCUGAUUAGCAACGAAGGCAGGCAGGCAGGCAGGAGAAGAGCAGGGUAUUCGGUGGUGCGGGCGGUGUGAGCGAGCAGCGAGCAGCGAGCGACUCCGCAUCGGCGGAAACCAGUGAAACACCCGACGCCCACCCGGAAACCCCGCAGUUUCGCUGGGGGCACGACGACUCCGCGCUGCUCACCACUCCACCAAUCUGCGGGCCCUCGCGCCCCUCGGCGUCGGCAGCGAAGCGGCCGCUCUCGCACGGCGGUGGCGGCGAAUGACGAUCCAUUCGGGGCCGCGGCGGCCGGAGCCCACCUCCGACUCCUGAUUCAUCCCGGCUCCCCGGCCGAUCGCAGCGGCCCUCUCCGUUAGCAGUGUUCAGACUAGAAGAUGGAGAGUCCUCAAAUCGAGAUGGGGGGUUUCAAGGUCAACAGCCCGCAGGUGCCCAACGGCGGGCUGCGGCCGAGCAUGGCUGGGUCCUGGAACUCGCGGAGGACAUUCGAGAGGGCGCUCAAGAGCAUCAGGAUCGUCAUUUUCACCUCAAAGCUCAACUUGCUUCUGCCGUUCGGGCCUGCAUCGAUCAUUCUCCACUUCACUUCGAGGAGGCAUGGCUUGGUUUUCCUUUUCAGCAUGCUAGGAAUAACACCUUUAGCAGAGCGUUUGGGUUAUGCAACUGAGCAGCUUGCGCUAUUCACUGGCCCAACAGUUGGGGGCCUUCUGAAUGCUACGUUUGGAAAUGCAACUGAGAUGAUAAUCGCAAUAUAUGCUUUGAGAAAUGGAAUGAUCCGAGUAGUGCAGCAGUCACUAUUGGGUUCCAUAUUAUCAAAUAUGCUGUUGGUUAUGGGCUGUGCUUUCUUUGCUGGUGGUAUUGUUCAUCGGAACAAAGACCAAGUCUUCAGUAAGGCAACUGCAGUUGUCAACUCAGGUUUACUGUUGAUGGCUGUCAUGGGCUUGAUGUUUCCUGCUGUCCUUCAUUUCACACAUUCAGAAGUGCAGCAAGGAGCAUCUGAGGUUUCUCUUUCAAGGUUCAGUAGUUGCAUCAUGCUCGUGGCAUAUGCAAGCUAUCUCUAUUUCCAACUAAGUGGGCGGAGCAAUGUUUAUAGUCCAAUUGGCAGUGAAGAGGCACCCAAUGAAGAUGCCACUGAAGAAGAUGAAGAAGCCGAGAUUGGUAUGUGGGAGGCCAUUACAUGGCUUACAGUGAUAACACUGUGGGUGUCCGUCCUUUCUCAAUACCUAGUUAAUGCCAUUGAGGGAGCAUCUGAUUCGUUGAACCUACCGGUGGCUUUUAUCAGUGUUAUUUUGCUUCCUAUUGUGGGCAAUGCAGCUGAGCAUGCUAGCGCAAUAAUGUUUGCCAUGAAAGAUAAGCUUGACAUAACGCUAGGUGUUGCAAUUGGUUCAUCAACACAGAUAUCAAUGUUUGCGAUUCCAUUUUGCGUUGUUAUUGGUUGGAUGAUGGGACAAAAGAUGGACUUGAAUUUUCAACUAUUCGAGACAGCAACUCUCUUCAUAACAGUACUUGUGGUGGCAUUUAUGCUACAGGAUGGCACUGCAAACUACUUGAAAGGACUAAUGCUGAUCCUGUGUUAUCUAAUAGUCGCUGCCAGUUUCUUUGUUCAUGUUGAUCCACAAUCCAGUGAUGACUGAUGCCACAAACGUUGUAAGUAAUGUACCUGAUACCUUUGAAGACUGCUAAUCCUUUUUUGUUGAGGUGCUCCUCCAUAGCAAAGUUCGGCCUGUGUGAUGCAGCAUUGACACGAGGACACGGGAACAUCACAAAUCGUUGGUUCCUUCAUGAACUGCAGCAGGAUUUCCUGUAUUGUGUGUACACUGAGGGUUUGAGGGGUGCUAGGGGUAGUCAGUAGUCACAAGGUAUACAAAAACAAGAAAUGACGUUCAAGUAAGCCUGCUGUAUUCGAUUAAUUGAGUGAAUGCGGCUCUUUAUCCUGUUUCCCUCGGGUUUAUUUAUUGGGCCGCAGAUGCUGAAUACGUUUAUAUGGGUAUGAUUGAUGCUGGCAGAAGCGAGAUCUUUCUUCA